GUGACCUCUUCCUAAAUACACUACAUAACCAGACGUAUGUGGACACCUGCUCGUUGAACAUCUCAUUCCAAAAUCAUGGGCAUUAAUAUGGUGUUGGACCCCCCUUAGCUGUUAUAACAGCCUCCACUCUUCUGGGAAGGCGUUCUACUAGAUGUUGGAAGAUUGCUGCGGGGACAUGCUUCCAUUCAGCCACAAGAGCAUUAGUGAGGUCGGGCACUGAUAUGUUGGGCGAUUAGGCCUGGCUCGCAGUCGGCGUUCCAAAUCUUCCCAAAGACAUUCGAUGGGGUUGAGGUUAGGGCUCUGUGUAGGUCAGUCAAGUUCUUCAACACCGAUCUCGACAAACCAUUUCUGUAUGAACCUCGUUUUGUGCACGGGGGCAUUGUCAUGCUGAAACAGGAAAUCCCCAAAGUGUUGCCACAAAUUUGGAAGUACAGAAUUGUCUAGAAUGUCAUUGUAUGCUAUAGCGUUAAGAUUUCCCUUCACUUGAACAAAGGGGCCUUAGCCUGAACCGUGAUAAACAGCCCUAGACCAUUAUUCCUCCUCCACCAAACUUUACAGUGGGCACUAUGCGUUCGGGCAGGUAGUGUUCCCCUGGCAUCCGCCAAACACAGAAUCGUCCGUCGGUCUGCCAGAUGGUGAAGCGUGAUGUCCAACGGAGGCGAGCUUUACACCACUCCAACCUUUUAAACGAGAGGCUGCCUGGAUCUGUAAUUUAAAGACCCUCGCUCCCGUCGGUCUCAAUGUAGACUUUGAUCUGAAGCCAUUCUUGUGAUUAUUGUGAUUUUGCUAUUCAUUGUAAAAUGUUUGAUGGCCUACGUAGCCAAUUUGUGGCUUCGAUCGUAUGCUAUCCAUUCAUGUUUAUUGUAUGUUCUUUUUAUAUCUGAGUAUUAACCAAUGAUAUCAGGCCACACCCAGCCAUGAGUACAGACACCUGUGUGUGUCCUUUGACACUAUAUAAACUAGUGACCCGCACUGUUUGUCAUUCCACCCUGAUGAAGACAGCUUGUCUGUCAAAAUGCGGGUUAUUAGGUUAUUAAACUACUGCAUCUAGGAGCUCCUGGUGUGUUUUUUCCCCCAACUGUUCUAGUUUUUACUUGGACUAUCUCUUUAUGUUGAAUGCCAAUACUCUUGUACGGCUUCCAAUAGCCAAAGAUCUCUCUUUCUCUAUCCAAGCAUCCAUUUUUAUUCCUGUAGGAUGAGGGCCCACUUCAGUCAACAAGGAGGUAAAUGUUGCAGUAAAUGUGAUAAUCGUACAUGAAAACAGUCAAAGAUUUUCCACCAUUUGUGUCUCAACAUGACAGGCAUAUUUGGUGUUUUGUUUAUUUGUUCUGAGCUUCAACUGUAUGCUAAAUGUAUACAGAAUGUAUACAGUAAGCAAGCGACAGCACAAACAGUGCAAUAGCUUUUCCCCUGAAAAGCCUCAGACCUGGCCAUAAACUACAAGGAACACAUCAUUCAGUUGCUUAGUAACAAGGAAAAACAAGAGAAGGCUAGCAGUACUCAGUUUAUGCAGGCCAGGCUGACAGAAAAAUUUAAAAACACAGGUCCUUAGCUGUAUCCACUUAAAAACGACAGAGCAGUGCCCUUCCUGGUUUUUAUUUACAUGGCUCUUGGUGGCUCUUAUGUAUAAUUCACAGCCAGGGAGAUGGAAGGAUCCUCGACAAACCUUGGGAGAGCGUUCCUGUGUCUUAGGUCGGGAGAUUGCACCCUCUCCGUCUCUGCACUGAUCUGGGUGGUGGACGAACUUCAAUACUGCAUGAUGGCCAAGGGCAAGAAGCAGUCAAGCGAGCCCAAGGGCCGGAAGAUCACCCUAAAGAUGGCUAAGCUGGCCCUGAAGCUGACCGUGGAUGGCAAGCGUCGGCUGGACCUCAGCAACAUGGAGCUCACCACCUUUCCCAAGUGCAUCCUGAAGCUUUGCGAUGUGGACGAGCUGGACCUGAGCCGCAACCUGCUCAAGAAGAUCCCAGACUCUAUCGCCAAGUUUGUCAACCUCUGCUUUUUGGACCUCCACAGCAACCAGCUGGACCAGGUUCCGGAAGCUAUCGGGUGCCUCUGUAACCUAUACAGCCUCAACCUGUGUAACAACUGUCUGAGCACUGUAGGACUCCCCAACGAGAUCGGUCUCCUGCGAAAGCUGAGGAGCCUCAACCUGGGCAUGAACGUCCUGGAGAGCAUCCCAUCCUCUAUUGCAGCCCUCAAGGAGCUGCGUCACCUUGGCCUGUUCAACAACCAACUGACCCGGGUACCCGAGUGCCUCCGCAACCUGCCCUACCUGGAGACCGUCAACCUGAAGUGCAAUCCUAUCCCCUUUGAGGAUGACAAAGGCAUUGACCCCAUCCAGAGGGUGGAGUGCCUGUACCUGGUGAGGGAGAGCUCCCUGUGUGCCUGCUGCCUCCAGAAAGUCAAAGACAACAGGCAGAGGGUGAACAGCAGGCUGAGCAGAGGCCCCACCCACAGGAAGUCAAUAGGUCAUCAAGGACAUAUUAUUUUGGAUAAGAACAGUCCAGGUGCUCUAUUACAAUAGCUACUUAUUACUUGACAAUGUAUAUUAGGCAUAUGAGGAAUUCUGGAAGAAGAAACAUUACAGGGGUUGCAGUCACACAUAACCAGCCUUCUAUAAGCUGCUCGGUCUGUGGUUUGUUGUACUCUAUCGCCCUCUAGAGUUUGGAGUCCUGUAAUGUUGUCCAACAGACACUGCACUGGAAAUCUAUCUUAGCUUUACUAAUACUACUUUCAUUUGCAUAUGUGUUUGCAUAUCAAAUGUUUCUGAUGAUAAAAUAAGCUUUCA